GCUGAUUGACUCUGUAUGUGUCGUGUAUCAUAUUCUAUAGAACGUAAAGCUAAGGCUAUUGAGAUAUUCAACACUCAUCAUCCACUCCUCUCUCAGUCUCUCUCUGAUCCUGUCAGUGUAGCUAUUAUGCUUCAAAGAGAGGGUGUCAUAACAGGACAAGUAUUGGCUAGUGUGGAAUCAGCUAGCCCCUCUGUUCCUAAUCAACGUGAAGUCCUGUUAGCUGCCAUGAGAGAAGUUAUUCAAAACAAGUAUAGUUUACUACAAACAUUUGCUAGUGUGUUGUGCAAGUUCACUGGUAAUCUCGGAGCAGUUAUACAAAGAGACUAUGACAGAUACCUUAAUGAUGACAAGAAGCUGAUUAAAGUUAUGAUUCGUGAUGAUGACAGCAUGAGCACUGAUGCAUCCAGCACUGAAUCCACUCCUCCUCGUGUACCAACAGUUGAGAUAGCCAUUCCUCAAUGUAUGAGUGAUGAAUUCACUUCAAUACAAACAUCUUAUGGUCGAAUGUUGUACAAUAUUCGUAAAAUAAUAAAGAAGGAGCCACCACCAUUAGAUGAUGUAAGGGAAUAUCUUUGUUGCUGUAGGAGCAGUCUUGAACCAAAGCUGUCUUUGUGUUCCAAUAUCACUGAAAUAUUACGAGCAGUAGAGAAAGAGUGUUCACUGAUUAACGUCAGGCUGCUUCAAUCAUUGGUUGAAGAAUUUGACAUCAAAGAAGCUGAAAAAUUGAUCACAGAAUACAAAGGCAUAUUAAAAGAGUUUUGUCGCACAGUAAAGAUUAGUCUUUGCUUAAAUGAGAAGUUUGAAGCAUUAGGAGGUAGUCCUUCUCUUCAAUGUGAAACAGUUACAUAUGUUUUUGACUGGGAACCAGAUGAGCACAUGCUACAAGAUAUCAAGCAAAUCAUUUCCAAGACGUCUGGUAAACUAGUGAAAAUAAAGUACAUCAAGAAAGGGAACUCUAUCAUUGUCACUUGCUCCUUCCCUCACUCUCUCACUGGUGCUCUCAUUAUGAAAUUGAAUGAGAAUCUUGAAUUAUUAAUGAAGAAUGGUCUAAUGAAGCUUACUGUUGGAUACUGCACAAUAUGGAAGAAACAAAAGGUACAAGAAAUACACUCGGCAUUCACUACUGUUGGAUUUGUAUUCAUAACUAAUCAUGGCAUAAGAAGACCUCUGGUUGACGAAGCAUUUUCUGUUGCUAAGAAGUUCUUUGAGUUGCCACAUGAAUCAAAGAAGAAGUACUCACGAACAAGCACUUCAGGAAACAAUGGCUACAUAGAGAUGGAGCAGGAAGAUAUUGAUCCAACGAAACCAGGGGACUUAAAAGAAGCUUUUAAUAUUUGUUCACCGACUGAAUGUGUAUAUCCAGAUGAUGAAGUGUCUGAUUUUAAACCAGUAAUGACUGAAAUAUUAGGGACUAGUAGGACACUAGCACUGAAGAUACUAGAAGUGAUGGGACAUGCUUUAAAGCUCCAGGAUCCACAGUUCUUCGUCAAAAAUCAUCAAAACCUAUCCAAUACAACGAUACCCAGUUACACGACGGCACGUGUCCUGUACUAUCCUCCUCUUCCUUCACCAGCUGCCGUUAAACCUGGUCAGUUGAGGUGCGGAGAGCACGUGGACUAUGGAUCAAUAACUUUACUCUUUCAGGACCCCAGCGGAGGACUCCAGGUUAAACAGAGUAAUGGCAGCUACAUUGAUGUUCCUUACAAAUCUGAUGCUGUUUUAGUCAACUUAGGAGCUCUAAUGCAAAACUGGACCAGUGACACUUACAUAGCAUCACCACAUCGUGUUCUCAAUCCUAUUAAUGAUACACUUUGGAAUAGCUCAAGACAGUCCAUGGCAAUAUUCAUUCAUCCUGAUAAUGACUCACUCAUUGAAUGUAUUGAUGGCUCCAAUAAAUAUCCACCUGUCACUGCUUAUGAAGACUCUUACCGGAGGCUGUUUGUCACUUACGAGAAAUAUGAUAAGACAAAUGAAACUCAAUCAUGAGUGUAUAACAUGUUCUUUAUUGUUGUAAUCUACCGUAUAACGCUUUAA